UACCACACAAGUAACCAGAAGAGUCAGAGCGGACAGCAUAAAGUCAACCAUGUCAGAUUAAACUUGAAUGUAAAGACGGUUCAGUGGAAAAUAUUUAAAACGUAAUCUUUUAUGUGCCUUGGGCACAAUAUCCCGUCACCUUUCUCGCUAAAUGCUGUAAAUUUCGUCAUUUUAGCUUGCUGCGGUGCGACGCCAAAGUUAGCUCGACUAGCUUAAGUUGCUAAUUUUAAAUGUUUUAAGGUGUUUUGUUCCAGCACAAAUGUCUCGCUUAGAAAAAACAAACGGUAGAAGAACAACGCAAAGACCCAAGUUGGACUGGAGGUUCGUGCAGAGGUUCUGCAGCAUCCAGAAGGUUCUUUUCCCUUCAUGGAGCAACCAGAGUGUUCUCAUGUUUGGGACAUUGCUUGGAGUGACUUUAGCUGAGCAGCUGAUCAUUUACCAAGUGGGUGUCCUUCCGAGUCACUUCUACAAUGUACUGGCUGACAAGGACAGCAAAGGAUUCAAGAGCCUGCUGCUCACCGCAAUGGUGGUCAUUGUGCUCAACUCCUUUUUGAAAAGCUUGGACCAGUACAUUUCCAACCUGAUGUACGUCAGUUGGAGGAGGACGCUAACAGAGAACCUCCACACGGCUUACUUCCAGGGACGAGUCUACUACACCCUUAACGUGCUGCGAGAGGACAUAGACAACCCUGACCAGAGGAUCAGUCAAGAUGCAGAGAGGCUGUGCAAGCAGAUGAGCACCAUGGCCAGUCGACUGCUGGUGUCACCCUUCACGCUGGCUUACUACACCUACCAAUGCUUCUACAGCACAGGUUGGAUGGGCCCAGUGAGUAUCUUCUGCUACUUUGUGUUGGGGACAGUGGCCAACAAGAUCCUCAUGGGGCCCAUUGUGUCCACGCUCUAUGAACAAGAAAAACUGGAGGGAGACUUCAGAUUCAAGCACAUGCAGAUCCGAGUCAACGCGGAGUCGGCGGCUUUUUACAGAGCUGGUAAAGUAGAGCACAUGAGGACCAAUAGACGUCUGCAGUCACUGCUGCUAACUCAGCAAAGUUUAAUAAACAAAGAGCUGUGGCUUUACAUUGGGGUUAAUACCUUCGAUUACCUCGGCGGCUUCCUCAGCUACAUCAUCAUCGCCAUUCCCAUUUUCGGCGGGAACUAUGACAGCCUGACGCCUGGAGAGCUGAGCGCACUUAUCAGCAGGAACGCCUUUGUGUGCAUCUACUUGAUAAAUGGCUUCACGCAGCUAAUAGACCUGUCCACCACGCUGUCAGAUGUAGCAGGCUACACCCACAGGAUCGGAGAGCUGAGGGAGGUGAUGGAUGACAUCCUGCGCGAGCAGUGCGACUACGACCCGGCGUCGGGGGAAAGCUAUGACUUUGACAGUGACUUCAACGUCCAUGGGGGCCCCGUGGACACGGCCUUCAUCCUUGACCACCUCUCUUUCAAGUCCCCGUAUUCAGACCAGCAGUUAGUGGAGGACCUGAGCCUAACUAUUGGCGAGGGAACACACCUGCUGGUGGUGGGUAACACCGGGACCGGCAAGACGUCCCUACUCAGGGUCCUCAACAGACUUUGGGAGGCACAGAGCGGUUUUGUCCAAAUGACGACGUGCUUCGGACCCAGAGGAACCCUCUUCCUGCCCCAGAAACCUUACCUCACUGACGGCACUCUGCGUGAACAGGUCAUCUACCCUCUAAAGGAUAUUUACCCUGCAUCAGAAUGUGUGGAUGAUGACAGAAUCAGCAAGUUCCUGGAGCUGGCAGGGGUGUCCAGUCUGAUGAAGCGAGCGGGUGGGUUGGAUGAGCCAGUGGACUGGAACUGGUACGACGCCCUGUCUCCAGGUGAGAUGCAGCGCCUUUGCUUCGCUCGACUCUUCUACUUGCAACCCAAAUACGCAGUGUUGGACGAAGCCACCAGUGCAUUGACUGAGGAGGCGGAGUCUCAGCUGUAUCGCACCUGCAAGCAGCUGGGCAUGACGCUCAUUAGCGUGGGACAUCGCAGCAGUCUGGAGAAGCACCACGACGUCCAGUUAAAACUAUGCGGCGAGGGCCGUUGGGAGUUGAGCAAAAUAAAAAGAGCCAACGGGAGUCUCCGAGAGGACAUUUUGUGAUCUUGGCAUCUGUCGUUGGGUUUUGAGGCGAGGACAAGAAAAAGCAGUCUUCAGUCUUUCAUGCUGGAUUCAUUCAUUUGUUAAGUUGAUUAGCAGCAUAAGACUGUGCAGCGUGCUACUGCUUGGUUGUUUAACGUUGGUGCUGAUCAGGAUAAAGGUGUAGAUCACAGGUGUCAAACUUUGGUCGCCACAUCAAUUUCAAGCGUGGAAAUAUGUGUAAAUAAAGUACCUUAUCUUUUCUUAAUAAAAGUACUGCGUACAAUUA